UCAUCGUCCGGGGUGUUUCCUCCGCUCUGCCGCUGCCACUGCUCGGUCUCAGACUCGAUGAUGAUGUUGCUGCCGCCGCCACCGCCGUGGAGGUGAUGGAGUUGAAGCACCAAAACAGCCAAGUGUGAGACAGAGUUUGAGACAAAAGGAAAGGGGUCGGCGUCCAUUCUCCACCCCAGCCCGCCGUUGGACUGAGUUUCGUUGAAAAUAAUAACUGGAGGGGCUUUAAGAAAGUCAGGUUGAAAAUGAAGCUGCUGAAGCCAAGCUGGGUGAGCCACAACGGCAAACCCAUAUUUUCAGUUGACAUUCACCCUGAUGGGACAAAAUUUGCAACUGGAGGACAAGGAGAAGAUUCUGGAAAGGUGAUGAUAUGGAACAUGGCGCCGGUCCUCAGAGAGGAGGAUGAGAAGAACGAGAAUAUUCCCAAAAUGCUUUGCCAGAUGGACAAUCACCUCGCAUGUGUGAACUGUGUGCGCUGGUCCAACAAUGGGCUUUACCUGGCGUCAGGUGGAGACGACAAGCUAGUCAUGGUGUGGAGGAGAGCAGCAUUUAUUGGCCCGAGCACAGUUUUUGGAUCGAGCAGUAAACUGGCGAAUGUGGAGCAGUGGAGGUGUGUCACGAUUCUGAGGAAUCACACUGGAGAUGUGAUGGAUGUGGCUUGGUCUCCUCAUGAUGUGUGGCUGGCCUCAUGCAGCGUUGACAAUACUAUUGUCAUCUGGAAUGCUCGUAAAUUCCCAGAGAUGGUGACUUGCUUGCGAGGACAUACUGGGCUGGUUAAAGGCCUAACAUGGGACCCAGUGGGGAAAUAUAUUGCCUCCCAGGCUGAUGACCACAGUCUCAAAGUGUGGAGGACAGUGGACUGGCAGAUGGAGGCAAACAUCACCAAACCAUUCAGCGAGUGUGGUGGGACGACCCAUGUCUUGCGUCUGUCCUGGUCUCCAGAUGGUCAGUAUCUAGUAUCGGCCCAUGCCAUGAACAACUCCGGUCCCACUGCUCAGAUUGUGGAGAGAGAUGGGUGGAAGACCAAUAUGGACUUUGUGGGCCACCGUAAAGCAGUCACUGUGGUGAAAUUUAACCCAAAGAUCUUUAAGAAGAAGCAGAAGAAUGGCAGCUCUCCAAAGCCCAGUUGUCCAUACUGCUGCUGUGCUGUUGGCAGCAAAGACCGAUCGCUCUCUGUCUGGCUGACAUCACUGAAACGCCCUCUUGUGGUCAUUCAUGAUCUUUUCGAUAAAUCAAUAAUGGACAUUUCCUGGACUCUGACAGGGCUGGGGAUGUUGGUGUGUUCGAUGGAUGGCACUGUGGCCUACUUAGACUUCUCAAUGGAUGAAUUGGGAGACCCACUGAAUGAGGAAGAGAAGAACAGCAUCCAUCAGAACAUUUAUGGAAAGAGCCUGGCUAUAACCAGCACCGAGGCUCAGCUCUCCACCACCAUCAUUGAGAACCCAGAGAUGCUAAAAUACCAGCAGGAGCGGCAGACCUCGGCCCAGGCCAACUCCGGACUGAGUGGCACCAAACCUGAAUCCUCUACCCCUAAACUCAACAGUGUGAUGAAUGGAGAGUCUCUGGAGGAUAUCCGGAAGAACCUUUUGAAGAAACAAGUGGAGACAAGAACAGCGGACGGCAGAAGACGAAUCACGCCGCUGUGCAUUGCUCAGCUGGACACGGGGGAUUUUUCUCCGGCUCUAUUUAACAGCGUUCCCAUCCUGCCUUCGGGCUCCUCCAUGUCCAAUCAGCUCACCCCUCAGCUCAGUUCUGACUCAAGUCCUGGACAGAGGCCUGGUCAUGACCCCAUGCUCACUUCAUCUGCAGCCAACACUACUGCCAAGGGCCUGGAGGACAACAAAGAUGGUGUGAGACCCAGUCUCUUGCUCACUUCUGCCUCCAAGAUUGAGCCAAUGAAAGCUUUAGACUCCAGGUUCACAGAGAGGUCAAAGGCCACACCAGGCAUGACGACUGCCAUCUCCUCCACCACUGGACUUGUGCCUCUCGACAGCAGGCCCAAAGAUGCCAUCUCAGUCUUGAAAGAUGUAAAAUCCAAAGAAGAAACCAGCAGCGACAGCGAGGACAAGAUGGCCACCAUCAACAAAAACCUGGCAUUUGCCAAAAGGAAACCAGAGCUGCUGAUGGAUGGAGGAGAGGUGGUGGAGAAAAGGAAGAAGGGAAGGCCCAGGAAAGACAAGAUGGCUGCACCCAUUGCCCAACCCUUCACGCAGAUCACUCCUCCAGCAGAUCGGGAGCAUAGUAGAGCUGCAGCUCCUCCAGCUCCUGUGGCUGUUCUCAGACUUCCAACACCAAGUACACAGAAGGCCUUCAGUCUGCAGGUCAGCAUGGAGCCAUCCGUCUUUGUGGAGGUGGAGAACGAUGUGUCGGUUGUGGCAGGUUCAAGACUCAGCCAGCUGCGAUGCUCCAGAGACGGACGAGACUGGAACACACUGUUACCCAGCUCAGUGGUCACUGCUGCGGGGAGCAGUGACAUCCUUGCCGUUGCCUGUGAGGACAGGAUGUUGUCGGUGUUUUCCUCAUUCGGGCGGAGGCUGCUUCCUGCUAUCCAGCUCGGCACACCUGUGUCGGCUCUGCACUGUGCGGCCCACUUCGUCAUGGUUCUGACCGCUGGAGCAACGCUCUCCAUCUGGGACGUUCAGAAGCAGAAGGUUCUCGUCAAGAAUGAGUCCCUGACUACUAUUUUAUCCGGUGUGGACACCACCGUGUCCCAGUCUUUACUGACUCAGCAGGGAGUUCCUGUCAUCAGACUGUCCAAUGGAAAGUCGUACUGCUUCAGCUCAUCACUGGAGACAUGGACUCUAAUUGCAGAUAAAGGAGAUUCUUUGGUGCAGUGUGCCGACUUUAGGAGCUGCUUGCCUACCCAUGAUGCACCUGUGUCCUCUGGGCCACUGGCUGUCAUGCAAGGACGCAACCUCAAUGCUGGUCGAUUGGCGUCACGUCUUUCCUCCACCCCUCACCAUCUUCAGCAAAGCAUGACGCUCGCCUUCCUGGAGAAUCAGCUGGCGUCCGCUCUGACUCUGCAGUCAGCACAGGAGUACCGCUACUGGCUGCUCAUCUACGCUCGCUUCCUGGUCAAUGAAGGUUCAGAGUAUCGUCUCAGAGAGUUCUGUAGAGAGCUGCUGGGUCCUGUCCACAAAUCUGCAACCUCAGCCUGGGAGCCCACCACUCUGGGUCUACGAAAACGGGAGCUGCUGCAGGAGGUUUUACCCGUCAUAGGUGAAAACCUGCGAUUCCAGAGACUGUUUACAGAGUACCAGGACCAGCUGGAGCUGCUGCGAAACAAAUAACACACAAUGACUUAAACACUUUGUCAUAACAACACUUGUUUGUCCUGGCUUGUCUUGGGUAAACUCUGACUGUUUCAUCAGCGAGGGAAGCUGUAAAUCUCCUGGAGCGCAGCUUUUAAGGCACCGGGACGUUUCAAGUGCUGAUGCUUACAGGGGACAAAUGGGUGCUUCUUUAUUUUUUCAUUUCUCUGUUUCACUUUUAGUUGCAUCUUUUGUUUGAUGCACAUCUCUCUCUCCCGCUCUGCCAAUCAUGAACCUAUGAACCAUGAAGGUAAACUCUGAGAGACAAUGACAGAAAAGUUCCUGUCAACUGAGCAAACCAUAAAUCAGAAUGGAGGUAAGGUGCAAUGCAUUUGUACUGAGGAUGCCUCGAGGGGUUGAAAGUACAUGGACAGAGAAAAUUAAAUUAAGUGUAAGGUUCAGCUGGAAUAUUUAGGCUUUAAGACUGGUUUCUGAAUCAGCCAAUAGGUAACUUGGCCAUGAAAAGGUCAGUUAAUCUAAAUUUCCUCUGAAAAUGAAAGUUCUGUUCUGAAAUCCAGGAUUGAACUCUGGGAAAUGGAGUGAGAAAGGGAUGUUGGGUAAAAAUAAAAUUGUCAUUUUGACAUCACAGAAAUUCUUAAGAUCUGUUAAGAAAUUAAUUUAUUCACAACAGCUGAAUUCUCUUUGAAUUUUCAUCUGAUCAGGCUCAAUCCACAAUGAAAGGCUUUAGUUUUAAAAUGAAGUUCUGUUGCUAUGGUUACAAUUAUACAAAAUUGGAAACUUGAAAUGCUGCUGGUCUCUUGUAAUGGUAAAUGCUCCGGAGGUGUUUGUGUGGAAGAAAAGAAAUGAAGGAACAGAUUCUUUUCAGUCACAAUUUCACUACAGGUUGUGAAUGGAAGCAUAACUAACACUUCUGUCAUUCACAGCCACUAAAGUCGCUCCACUAAAACAGAUACCUGUUCUUCACCAUUACUCCCAGGAAGAGAGACAGUGGACAUUUCGGAUGAAAAUACACACACGCACACACUGAUGCAACUUCCUCACAUCACCUCAGGACCCCCCAUUUUCUGUUACUGAGGGACUAACUGCUCCCUGUUUUCGCCAUAAUGGUCCCAUAAUAUACAGUGUGUUUUCUCAUAUCUUUGGGAAAAUGCAGAUUUACCUUAUUGUGGUGCAUUCACACAAAUUGCAUUAUACAUUAACACUUUGUUAAUUGUGCAAAUUUUACCAAAAUGACCACAUUUUACCAGCAUCAUCCAGUGCACGUGUUGUUGAGCAUUUUUCAGGUUGAAUAACUGAAUUAUUGUCUUCAUGAACAUGAACAUUGCAGUACAGUUAAUCUUAUUUUGUAACCACUAACAUCCAGACUGAGUAAUAACCAUCAGCUCUGCUGUCUCAUGCAUCUCAGUUCUCAUCAGGAAUUAUUGAAGAGUAACAACUAUUUGGCCUGGUUAAGUUUGACUGCAACCAUAAUCUCUGCUCACUCAUUUGAAAUCUGACAUCUAGACCUCUGAGAUUGUAGCACUGACUUAUUCCUGAAAUCAUGUGGACAUGUGAUUGAUGACAGUCAUGACAGACCCAGCAGAGAAAAACGAUCAGCUAUUUUGUAUAGCCUCUGUAAAUAAGCUGAAGUCAAGACAGAAACAUGGCUAUUUUUUGCGUUAAAAAAGAAAUGUAAUGAAAAAUCUGUUGGGUUUGUUGUGUGACUAAAGUGGAAACUUGGACUUACAUUCAUGAACUUGACAUUUUAAGGGUUUCAAAGGUCAUGAAUCUAUCAGUGGACUUGAAGAAUUAAAGUCCUUGUUUGUGUACGGCA